CUGUCAGUUAAUAAAAGACCUGUAGUGUCUUCCAGUCUUCAGCUGACUUUGAUUUUCAAAGAGGUGGACACCAAAAUCCGUAGUGCACGGUGCGUCUAAAAAGAACAAGGAAUUGCUGACAUAUUUUGCGUUAAUUGAAACAUGCGGUCAGGCCAGGUGGUUCUUGGCUGCGUUCUAUGUUUUGUAGCCACCGCCAUCUUCACCGUGACAAAGUCCGCCUUACUGUUUCUCAUCUCACAGAAGCAGAGUGUGAACGUACAACAAUGGUAUGCUGCCGUUUUUUUCGUGUUAAUCGUACCGGAAGUGGCCAUACUUCUGAAAAUCGUAUGGAGUUCGUCGUAUCUUGUUCGUGCUCAAAUGACAAAAUGGCCGCCCAUUAAAUCACUUCUUCUGGGUACGCUCACGACUUUGCUCGAAUCGGCCGCCGUUACGUUUUUCACUCUGGAAAUUGGUCCUCAGCUCCCCAUCUACGUCCUCCUCCCAUUGAUGAACAUGCUGCUUUUCCUCCAAAUCAUUGUCAGUCAGUGGCGCAGACGUCAGGAAAUGUUUCUAGCCGACAAACCAGAAUCAGCAUCUAUGGGUUCGAGAACGCUUCACACCAUCGCCGCCAUCUUUGGAAUUUGUGCAUUUUUUGUGAUGUCAGCAUUACUGGUGAUUCUGGACAUCACCAAUAUUGCCGUCUGUGUCUCUCUUUUGGCCACCAUAAUGACACUUUCAGUUGCGUGGUGUCAACCACUGAGAGUGUACAUGUUCCAAGCCGACGCAUUAUCCUUGGCAACUCGACAGAACACUUGUCUCGUGUAUACACUCCUGAGAAUAGUAAGUGUUGGUGGCUUUGUUAUCCUCAUGAUUCCUUUACAUGGAGAGAUCUCUGUGACUGACGCACCGGUAUAUCUAUGGAAUGGCGUUACCAUCCUUGGCCAAAACAAAGUCUUGGUCUACACAAUUUCUAUAACUAUAUGCUGUGGGUUUUUAGCAUACGGAAUAACACGAAUCUCGUCUUUCUACACAACUACGUGGUCUGGUAUCUGCGUCCCGGUGGUUGUGUCGACCAUGCUAUCGUCAGUGAUACACGGAUUCAACUGCCUGGAAGGUCGGUUUCUGACUCUGCACGAAUCGGUCUGUCCUCUUGGUGACGGCAGCCUGGUCAUCGCGGGACUCGUCGUUAUGCUGUGGAUUCUACCCGUUCUUAUUUUACGCAAGAAUUUCUUUCAUCCCCCAGACAUCCUCUUCAAACCCGAACAUGAAAACUUCAUCACGCCCGGCUAUAAUAGUAUAUUCUUCGACCAGCAUCUGUACUUGCAUUACUACCCAAAUUGCAGAGAUUACUCGCAGAUAACAAUGGCAUCAAACGGAAGAAGUCGGGUUUUCAUGUGCACAACAAUGUAUCGCGAGUCUGACUAUGAAAUGGAACAGCUGCUUCGUAGUUUGGCAAAAAUAUCAAAAUCCAAAAGGCUCAAGACACAUAAUAUUUAUACUGAAUCACACAUCUUUCUGGAUAACGGAGCAGAUGGGUUGACACUGAAAGAAUUUGCCCUUCAGCUUAUGGCUCUGGUCCAGACAUGUCUUUCUGUUGGACGAUCUGAUGGGAGCAUUCACCACACACCAUACGGCAUUCAGAUAUCCUGUACUUUGCCAGGCAACAUGCCCUUGUUCCUCCACCUGAAGGACCCGAGUCACGUGAAGGCCAAAAAGCGAUGGAGUCAGGUGAUGUAUAUGAACUACAUCAUGGAUCAUCGGAUUAACGUCACGAACAACAUGGAUGACAUGCAGUCACACAUGUUGACGUUAAAAAGGAAACAAAUGAAGCCAUGCAGAAAUACGGAAAUUAUUCUUCAAAUCAAAACACUUCUCGCUAAUCUGCAAUACGAUGAUGACGGUUUCGAGCGGAGCUCCAUCAACAGCAAAUGCGAGUCGGUUGGUAGCUCGGACCAAGGCAUAGAGACAGGAGACGACAUGUCGGCCGUGUCUGAAGACGUUUCUUCAAGCAAACGAAGCACUCUGCAGGUACCUGAUUAUUCCGAGUCUAAAUACCUUUAUUCGCCAUCAACAGCAAGCAGCUGCACCAAUCUGUUACCGUCUGACGACAUAUCGGGUAAAACCACGCCGUCCCUGUCAAAGUCCUCGUCGCAGAUGGAUCUACGGGGACAGGAUGACCGUGCCAGUUCGUGCCAGUCUGUUGCUGGAAGCACAUACGCAGCCUUCAUUUCAGACUUCCCAGCGGCUAAGCUGAACCCAGCGUAUAUUCCUGAAGACAACGAGGUACCUCCGCCGACCUGGCUGUCUCAGUUCAUGUCUCAGUCAAAGAGCACGUGCAACAUUCCCAGCUUUUCUCACAUACACAGUCUAACUAAAGAUGGAGGGAAGCUGAACUUCGGUGCAGACGACAUUAUACUGAAUGGGAAAGACGCGACUACUCUUGAUGUAAGCAACAUUCAGAGAUAUGACGACAGGACAUAUAUUCUGGCAACAGACGCAGAUAUGCAUUUUAAUGACAAGAGUGUCCUUGACCUCGUAAAUACCUGCAACAAUGAUCUCCGUCUAGGUGCUGCCUGUGGAAGGACCCACCCAAUGGGCAAGAAGCUUCAUCCGAUUGUCGGCUUCCAGAAGUUUGAAUAUGCAAAAGAUUUCUGGUUGAUCAAGAGCGCACAGAACAUCAUCGGGUCGGUGAUGUGUUGCCCGGGUUGUUUCAGCCUGUACCGCGUGACGGCGCUCCAGGAAGUUAUCCCUAUCUACUCGGAACCAACCACGAAAGCUGGCGACGUCUUUACGAAGGACACAGGUGAGGACAGAUGGAUGUGCACGUUGAUGAUGCUCCGCGGCUGGAAGCUCGGCUACUCAAACUUCAGCUACAACGGCACCUACUGCCCGGACAGCUUCGACGAGUUCAUCAAACAGCGACGUCGCUGGAUCCUGUCCGAUUUCGCCAACUCGCUGAUGGUUUUCCGGAACCUGCCCCAGCUCGUGCGCCAGAACUCGUGCUUCUCGUUCGUCUACAUUCUGUACCUGCUGCAGCUGUUCAUCAUCGUGUUCCUCUCGCCCGGAUCCACCGUCGUAAUGAUGACGGUCGGACUGGACAUGCUGCUCGGACUAGCGUUCUACAUCUCCACGCCCAUAGUGAGCGCUCUACUCAUCCUGUACGGCGUCUUCUGCAUGAGGAUGUCGUCCCAGUCGCAGAUCCUCCUUACCAAGGUCACCAUGAUGGUCCUGGGAGUCGUCAUGUCUGUCGUCGUCAUUGGCGCUGCGGUGUUUGUGGUGCGCGACGUCAUCACAGAUAUUCGACUUCAAGAGCACUACAUCCUGAUCACACUGACCGGAAGUCUUUUGUUUGCUGCAAUGCUCCACCCUCAUGAAUGUUGGCUGCUCAUCUGUGGUAUUUUCUAUCUGUUCUUCUUUCCUGCGAUGCACAUGCUGCUUCCGGUAUACGCUCUCUGCAACAUUGUUGAUCAAACUUGGGGAACCAGAGAAAACCAAAAGGCAAAGAAGCCAAAGUUCUUAUGUUUCCCAAAGCUGAGAUUUAAACAAAAGAAGAAGAAGAAGGCCAAACAAGCCAAAGAUUCAGAUGCGUGCGUCUUGGACGAGGACUCGGAAGUGACGUGUGACCAGCUCAAAGACAUGAGACACGAGGAGCAGACGUUCUGGACUCAACUAGUGCAGGAUCUUGUCGGCAAGGAUACAAACCUAGGACUCAACAAACACGACCUAGAGGCCGGAUUACACAAACUAAGACUCAAAGCGGUUCUUGCCAUAUGCAUCGUUAAUAUCGCCUGGGUUGUCGGCCUUGGUUUUUUCUACAACUCCGCGGUGAGUCGGGACUCGUCGCUGAACGGCUACGGCAUUAUGAAUGGGAUUUUAUAUGGAUUCUCCUUCUUGAUUCAGGUGGUGGGGAUGACCGUGUUUAGAGUGCAAGACUGCGCACACAGACUGGGUAAACACAUCUUUAAAAACGAUAAACCUCAUUGGAUAACGAGAACAUAAAAUAUGGUGACCAUGUUUUAAAAUGAAGUCAGCGGUUGCUAUGGCGUUGAUAUAAAUAACAGUGGCAACGCGAAGGCGGGGUGAGGGUGGGGAAUGCCCCCUGGUCGCAAAGACAACAAAACACACGAAUGUGCUAAGCCAAGGAUAGCACAGAGUUAGAGAGUCGCAAAUUCACAAAACUACUGGGGUGGCUUGUUUGGGCCAUAAAGAGUUUUUCGUUCAUAUUUUGUGUCAAUAAUAACACAACCCCAUCUCGCCUGGGUAUGCAACGCCCCUCUCGCUGCCACUGGUAAAUACAGAUCUCAUGAGCUGAUACUGUCUACAUAUUUUGUACAUUUGUGAUAAUUUAUUGCAUAUUUUAUUCGUUUCCUCAUUGUACAUUAGUCCAUAAUUAUAUUUGUAAUUAAACAUAUAAUUAUUAAAAA